AUGCUGGAAGUGGUGAAGAACGAAGUACGCGCGGGCUAUCACGACCACUAUGCAGUGUUUGAUACUAAAGCCAAGGAGAGCCAAGGAACGAAUUUGGAGAUCUGGGCGGAUGACAAUGCCCGGCAAUAUGUGUCAGUGCGUAUACGGCACGACUACUUGCGCAUGAUGGGAAACCACACCAAGACGAUGGAGCGUAUGGAGGCGUUCAUUGAAAAACAUCUAUCCAACGUUGGCUGCCAUCCCUUCUUGGCGGGACUUCUUACUGCGCUACGGUGGAAUCUGGAGAGCUCAACUGUUGUGGCGUGGAAACUAUCGGACGCGGUAUUCGUCGAAAGCGGCGAUUCCGAAUUCACACACAACGCGCUGGCACUAUUAGUGCUCGCGCUCAAUUUCAGCCACUGCGAGAGCGCUGUGAUCGGCACCCCAGGCACAGGCGAGAGCCCACAAGUGAAGACUCGCGACUGGUAUCUCGACCCGUACAUGUCAGACCACGACAUUCGACAACUAAUGCGACUAUUUCCAGCCGCAAAGCGUCUCGAAGGGAGACCUACUGGCACCAAAAUGCUCACCAAGAUGGAUCGGACAAACGUCCAUGGACAGCUAGAUGAAAAUCCCAAGUUCUUUGACCGUUGGUGCGUCGUGCUGUAA